AUGAUAACCAGCUUUAAGAAAUUUGAAUACUAUUCUAAUGACAAAACGGAAGCACCUUAAAUGAAUUCAGCACGUUUUCACAUUUCAAGAUGGACGCAGAUUUGUACGACGAAUUUGGAAAUUACAUUGGACCUGAUAUCGCAAGUGACGACGAUGAAAGUGAAGAUGAGUGGGAAAAAGAUGAUCAGCAAGAUGAUAUUGAGGAUGAUGAUCAAGGAGAAGAUCAAGUUGAACAAGAUGAUGAGGCACAAAUGCAAGUAGUGUUACAUGAAGAUAAGAAAUAUUAUCCUACCGCUCAAGAAGUGUUUGGUGAAGAUGUCGAGACAAUUGUUCAGGAAGAAGACACCCAACCAUUAACUGAGCCUAUCAUAGCUCCUGUAAAAAACAGGAAGUUUGUACUUGCUGAACAAGAUCUUCCUGUCACAACUUAUGAGAUUGAAUAUUUAGCUGACUUGAUGGAUAAUACAGAUUUGAUCAGAAACGUUUCACUGGCAGGCCAUUUGCAUCAUGGCAAGACUACUUUUGUUGAUUGUUUGCUUGAACAAACGCACCCGGAAAUGAAGGCAAAAGAAGAAAAUGAGAUUCGUUACACAGAUACACUUUUCACUGAACAAGAGCGUGGUGUUAGCAUCAAAAGUAUUCCCGUUUCGUUAGUUCUUCCUGACUCUCGAGACAAAUCUUUUCUUUUAAAUAUUUUUGAUACACCAGGUCACGUGAACUUCUCCGAUGAGGUAACUGCUGCAUUUCGUCUUUGUGAUGGAGUUGUUAUUUUCGUUGAUGCUUCUGAAGGGAUUAUGCUCAACACAGAAAGACUUCUAAAACAUGCCGUUCAAGAAAGGCUAGCCAUCACCAUUUGUAUUAAUAAGAUUGAUAGACUGGUGCUCGAGUUAAAAUUGCCUCCUGCUGAUGCGUAUUUUAAACUUAAACACAUAGUUGAUGAAAUAAAUGGCUUACUAAGUGUCUAUUCCGAAGGUUUAGACGAUGUUAUUGUCUCUCCGUUGCUUGGUAACGUAUGUUUUGCAAGUUCAGCGUACAGGUUCUGUUUCACCUUGAAUUCCUUCGCCAAGCUUUAUACCGAUACUUAUGGUUAUCGCAUUAGUCAUUUUGAAUUUGCCAAAAGGCUUUGGGGUGACAUGUAUUUCAAUUCAAAAACACGAAAGUUCACGAGAAAGGCUCCUUUAAAUACAUCACCAAGAACGUUUGUUGAGUUCAUUCUUGAGCCGCUGUACAAGUUGUUUGCACAGAUUGUUGGUGAUGUUGACUCAACUUUACCAAAGGUUUUAGAUGAGUUGGGGAUUCAUUUGACUAAAAGAGAGCAAGCGUUGAAUAUCCGACCCUUGAUGAAAAUUGUCUUUAAAAGAUUUUUUGGAUCAUUUACUGGUUUUGUUGACAUGUGUAUUCAACACAUUGAAUCACCAAAAGAUUUUGCUAAAACAAAAGUUGAACAUACAUAUAAUGGUGCAUUGGAUACUGAACUUGCUGAGGCAAUGUUUCAGUGUGAUCCUGAUGGUCCUUUAAUGAUUCAUACGACAAAGCAAUAUCCGUCGAGAGAUGCGACAACUUUUAAUGUUUUGGGUAGAGUAAUCAGUGGUACAGUACACUCCGAACAACAAGUAAAAAUCCUUGGAGAAAAUUACACACUUGAAGAUGAAGAAGAUUCUAGAAUCGGAAAUAUUGGUCGACUUUGGAUUCCUGAAGCUAGAUAUAAUAUCGAAGUGAACCGAGUUCCAGCUGGGAACUGGGUACUAAUUGAAGGAAUUGAUGAGCCCAUUGUAAAAACAUCAACAGUCACUCAAGUUGAAGAUAGUGAAGAGGCUCAGAUAUUUCGUCCUCUCAAUUUCAACACUUGCUCUGUGGUAAAGAUUGCUGUUGAGCCUCACAAUCCUUCAGAACUUCCCAAAAUGUUGGAUGGUUUAAGAAAAGUGAACAAAAGUUACCCUCUUCUCACUACAAAGGUUGAGGAAUCAGGAGAACAUGUUAUCUUGGGCACUGGCGAGUUGUUCUUGGAUUGUGUUAUGCACGAUUUAAGAAAAAUGUAUUCCGAAAUAGAUAUCAAAGUGUCUGAUCCUGUUGUGGCAUUUUGCGAAACUGUCGUAGAAACGUCGUCUUUGAAAUGUUUUGCGGAGACUCCUAAUAAAAAGAACAAAGUGACGAUGAUUGCCGAACCCCUGGAAAGUGGUCUGGCCGAGGAUAUUGAAAAUGAAAAAGUGUCUAUUACAUGGAAUAAAAAAAGACUUGGUGAGUUCUUUCAGACAAAAUAUGACUGGGAUUUGUUGGCAGCACGAUCGAUUUGGGCUUUUGGACCUGAAAAUACGGGACCAAAUAUUCUUGUGGAUGACACCUUACCUUCUGAGGUUGAUAAAAGUCUAUUGAGUACAGCAAGAGAUUCUAUAGUUCAAGGUUUUCAAUGGGCUACAAGAGAAGGACCGCUGUGUGAUGAACCCAUUCGCAAUGUGAAGUUUAAGAUCUUGGAUGCUGUUAUUGCAAAUGAGCCAAUACAUCGAGGAGGAGGACAGAUCAUUCCAACGUCAAGACGAGUCGCUUAUUCAGCUUUUCUUAUGGCUACUCCUCGUUUGAUGGAACCAUAUCAUUUUGUUGAAGUGCAGGCCCCUGCGGAUUGCGUUUCUUCCGUUUACACUGUGUUAGCCAGACGAAGAGGUCACGUGACUCAGGAUGCUCCCGUACCAGGCUCUCCGCUAUACACAAUCAAAGCAUUCAUCCCCGCCAUUGAUUCAUUUGGCUUUGAAACUGAUUUGAGAACACACACUCAGGGUCAAGCUUUCUGUUUGUCUGUUUUUCAUCAUUGGCAAAUUGUUCCUGGUGAUCCAUUAGAUAAAAGCAUUGUCAUACGACCUUUGGAACCUCAACCAGCGACACAUUUAGCUCGAGAGUUCAUGAUCAAAACUCGCAGACGUAAGGGCUUAAGUGAAGAUGUGAGUAUCAACAAGUUCUUCGACGAUCCUAUGUUGCUGGAAUUAGCAAGACAAGACGUCAUGUUUAACUACCCGAUGUAAAUAGUUGUAAAAACGAAAAACGCGAAUGACUUUUAUCGACUAUGUGACAACGCAAAUGAACAAAAGAUGUAACACGUGUUUGAGCUUUUUUGAAAGACACACUGUUCGUGAGAAACAAGAACAUUGUGUUUGCAAAUUUCAUCAAUUUUUCAACUAACUUUAUUUCUUUUAUUCAUCGUGUCAUAAAUCGACCUUUGUUUUUGUCGUUAAA